GGGAUAAGAAUGGUGACAGACGUGCAGCUGGCCAUAUUUGCCAACAUGCUUGGUGUGUCGUUGUUCCUGCUGGUUGUGUUAUAUCACUAUGUUGCUGUCAAUAACCCCAAGAAGCAGGAGUAGAGUCUGCCAUUAGGAUUAAAGGGGUGAGAUGGGACUCCCACCCCCAUGGAAACAGCCUUCCCAUUUUCCAAGCCUCUGUCGAAGAGAUGGAUUUCUUUGUAAUUAUGCACAGUAGUGUUGUUUUCUAAUAAAAAAAUGUGAAUUCCA